AAAGGAAGCGCAGUAGAACAGCAGCGACCCAGAAAGGGGCCACCGGGAGCUGGAUGAGCUUGUGUCGACGAACGCGUCCUGACCAGAGGCUGACUGUGGGGGAAAAGCCACUGCGAAGCGAAUGAAGAAACACCUGAUCUUCCACUUCACAUACAGAGGUCUUCUAACGAAAGGAAAAAAGAGUAAAAGAAGAAAAUGGAUUAUAAAUUACGAAAAGCUGAGCCCAAGGACGUGCCAGAUAUAUUACGACUGGUGAAGGAGCUCGCAAAAUAUGAAGAGAUGGAGAGCCAGGUUACGCUGACGGAAAAGGACCUCCUGGAGGAUGGGUUUGGUGAAACCCCGUUUUACCAUUGCAUCAUCGCUGAAACCCAAGGAGAGAAUGGCGGCGAAGACUUGAACGUGGUGGGCUUUGCCAUGUACUACUUUACUUAUGACCCCUGGGUUGGCAAACAGCUCUACCUGGAGGAGUUCUAUGUAAUGGACAAGUGCAGAGGGCUCGGCAUCGGUUCGGGGAUUCUGCGCCACCUCAGUGAUCUGGCGAUGAAGACGCGCUGCACUGGCAUGAUGUUCGUCGUGGCAGAGAACAACGAGCCGUCCGUCCAGUUCUACAAGCGGCGUGGCGCCGAGGACCUCUCCCAGGAGGAGGGCUGGAGGCUCUUCAGGUUCGACAAGGACAGCCUGGUCAAGAUGGCCACCCCGGCUGAGGAAUGACUGGAGGUCCAGCAGAGCUGAAGAGAGAGAGGAGCAAACCUGAGACUAUAACUGAAAUAUCUCUACUUUCCUCUCCAGAGCUCGCAGUUACAAGUUCAGCUUCUAAAUAGGGAAAUAUAUCUAAAUGUGUUUUUAGUUUUUUUUUGUACUUUGCAUCAUUUAGUUUACAUAUGUCACUCUGACUUAGGUUCAUCCUAGUCUAUUGUUAGCCAGCAUUUCUUAUUUUUGGUUUAAGAUCAAUAAAACAAGCACUGGAAAAACAA